UAUGAGAAGGGAGAGUGCAGAAUUAUUCAAUAUAGAUUUAAUUCUUCGACGACUCCUUAAAACGUGAGCAUUUCGAACCAAGCCGUUGAAGUGAAAAGAAUGACUGCAUAUAACGCUUUAUUUUUCUUGUUUAUAUCUGCAGCUUUUGAUCUGCAAGCAGCAAUCAGAAUUGAUGCCGGUCUGUACAAUGAAUAUGAACCUGUAACCAAACUGCGCAGUUCGGAGAGGGAACAAAAACAGGACUUCAGUAAAAUUCCUGGAAAUCCAGGAGUAGACUAUCCGAUUUAUCAUGAAGUACCUCAUACCAGUUUUUCUUGUAAAAAUGUGCCAGCUCUGCCUGGUAUAUACGCAAAUGUAGAAACAGGUUGUCAGGCCUAUCACGUUUGUCACGAUGGCAGAGAAGGGGAACAAGGAGCUAGUUUCCUCUGUACCAAUGGUACUAUUUUUAACCAAGCAGAAUUCAAUUGUGACUGGUGGUACAAUGUGAAAUGUGAAGAGGCGACCUCAUUUUAUAGGUUGAAUGCUGACCCUUUGAAAAAUCCCUAUGCUCCAAAACCAAAACAUGAUGAAAAAUUGCCGAGUGAAUCAGAAAUCCCUAAUUAUUACUAAUAUUGACUAGGGGGCGAAUUUAGAACUUUAUUACUAGGUUAU